UACCAUGAAUCAGUUUGAAUCAUCGAGCGUAUAGUUGUAUAUGUUUGAGAACUGCUACUGGAAUUGUUGUACAGGUUUUACUUCGACUGGUAUCUGGUCAGCAGACCAACUGUGACCAGCCAGUAUGGAGGACGUGUUCGCUCUCGUCGUUUUAACACUGUUACAACUAUGCCGAGGCCAAAUGAUACAGCCGGAAUGGUUCGCUGCAAACCUAGUCAACCAGGACCCAGGUUACACACCGAAACCAAUAACGGAGAUAUUCACAAGCGAUUCGCCGUUUACCCCCAAAAAUCCGGCACUGUUCACACAACCGCCGACCGUGGCAAGUUCUCCUUUACCGCCCGCUUCAAAGCUAUCUUCUUCAGUAGCCCAGAAUAUUAAUCCCGCUUCACAAAAUGGAGAAUCACCUCGGGGAACACCAGAAAUAAUGUCACAAGUUGUAGACAAUUCACCGAAGACCGACUUACCAAACUUUCUCAUAGUCUUCGAUCCUAGAGGACCGGUGAAUGAGAAUAUACAGCCACCGAUACCGUCAUCGAGACAACCCUUACCAGAAACGACGCCAGUACAAAAUAAACCAACCACUGCCAUCGUUUCUCCCUCUACAACGCAAUCUACUACAGCAAUGCCACCAUCCCUAGGAACACUACCUCCUUUCCCGCAAGGAGUUCCACCACAAAUACUAAGCACUUUGUCUCCACCAAUAUGGCCACUUAAUUCGAUGUUCCUCUAUCCAAUUCUUCCGUUUAACCGUAGUGUAACUCCAGCAGCACCGGUUACGCCAACAAUUGUCCCAAACCUGUCUCCGAUUCGUCAACCUGCAAGACCACUGGCUCCAAAGCCCACGUUGACUGUAAGGGUCAAAGCUCCAAGGGGUUCGAUCACUAAAUUACACAUAAAUCCAACAACAACAGUUAGACCAACUACGACCAGAAGACGAAAGUCUAACAGAAGGACAAAUAACUAUGAAACAUGUGUAAAUUCGUGCAGCGGGAAAAAGGAGCCAAUCUGCAGCAGUCCCAUGGGAGUGAACCCCAUUGAUCCAGACCGGUUGAAAGGAUUCCCUUCUCUAUGCCAUAUGGCCUGCCACAACUCUUUUAAGAGAGACCAAGUGUACCAAAAAGUGGCGAAUGGACGUUGCGGCAAACUACGAACGCGCAUACGGCCUGUGGACAAGAACAAACUCAACAGAGAAGAGCUAAACAAAGCCCAAUACACCAUAGUGCAUAAUUCACCUGAAACUGUCGUGGAAUUCUCGCCGGUAAGGCAUUGAGAUACAGGAUUAAAUCGAAUGCACAAAAGCAUAAAAAAAAUAUUGACGGAACGGUCAUAACAUCACGCAUAAGCUAGUCGUGUUUAUAUAGACAGGAAUGUUGUGUGUAAUAAGUUUUUAUUGCUUCUAUAAUACAAAUGUUUUUUCCUAAUAUGAUUGAAUAAGCUGAUAAUAUUCAUCGUUACGGAAGAUACAUACUGUUGGUGCGUUUCUUAUAUUGUGUAGGUAUCUAUUACGAAAUCGCUCAAACUGUUGGAAUGGAAAAAAUGAUUGUAUUGAAGUAGUAAUAACAGAUGGUUGAUGUAAUUUUUAUGCCCACCUGCUUUUUAUUUUUGUAUAAUUUAACACUUUCUAUGAAGUAGGUAAGCUAUAUAUACUGAAGACAAAAUGUUUUCUUUGCUAAAGUAAUUAUUAUCACCUACAAAUUUUACACAACCGUCGUUGAGACUUGACCAUCUAAGAACAAACAACAACGCUAAAGAAUAAUAAUAAUUAUUACAAGCAUAUUGAAUCUUUAUCCAUUCUUAUGAAAUAAACUUUAUGCUAGAAGUGUAAACGUUUCAAAUUAAUUAAUCGCUUAGAACGAUUAAAUAAUAUUUAAUUCUAAUAAUUAUUAUUCUUGUUCAUACACUUUGCUGUUACAAUAUUUAAUACAUAGUUGGAGAGAAAAAGAAGGAAUUAAGUAAUCAGGACAAAGAAAUGUGCAUAAUAUUCAUUAAAAUAUUGUUCAAUUGAUGUUUCAAUGGAAAGAAGAAACUGGUCAUGGCAAAAAUACUUCUAUAAAGAACUGACAUAAGGAGGUCCACCAAUGAGAGGUGGGCAUUUUCUGUAUUUGUAAGUUUUAUAUGGCUAUAAUAAUAUAAUUAUGUGUAAAACCCUUCAUAACACAUUUUAUUUCAACAAUUUCAAUAUUGUAAUGUAUCUCAUUGCGCACAUGUGCCGUAAUGUAAAAUAAAAUGCACAUGUGCUGUAAUGUAAUAUUAUCCUUACCUUACCUAUAUUACAUUACAUUACCUUUAUCAGACAGUUUUUAUGUCAGAAAGGUGCUCAACAUUUUAUGAAUAAAAUUAACUUUGUGAGAUAAAACAUAUUAAAACAUUUAUUUCUUUCAUUUUAAUUAUUUAGACAAUAAAUUACAACUAUUUAUCUGUAACAGAAACACUAAAAUAUUUGCCUUAGAAAAACUGGUGCUCGCACUUCGCGAUCUGUGUAAAAAUGACAAGCGUGUCAAAAUGUCAUCAUAAGGAAAACAGGCAAAGAUGCAAAUUCAUUUUCAGAAAGUGUGUUAAAAAUGUGUUUCCUCGCAAAUGUGUUAUAAAACGUCGUAUGACACACGUGCGCCUUGAUAAUUACAGCCUCUACAUUCCUUACUAUAGCUUUAUUGCAAUAUCGCCUCGGCUGUAAUUUUCAACUUACUGCACUUAUAAUUAUCUCAUUAUACUAUUAUUUAUAAAUGUUGCACACAAGUCAAAAUGUUAUAUUACGACUAGCCACAACUCAAGCCGCUUUUUCUUAAGCGUGUCUUAUUAAGUUGAUGGAAAAACAAGACUUUUAUGUAAGUUAAUUAUUAUUAAAGUAUUAAUUAAUUCCGUCCAGAGAUUACAAUUUAUUUUUACAUAUUUGUAAGGAAUUAUAUAUAUUUUUUUACCUAUUUAAUGUUAAAAAGUAUGGAAAAAAUAAAUUAAAAACGCUGAGAUUAAAAAAAAACUUUUU